AUGGACCUGAUCCAGGUCUGGGGUGAUCUACCAAUGAUGACGUCAACUGCCUUCGUCCUCUGCACCAACAUGGUACACACGAUUAAGAUCACAAAUCUUCUAAGAAGGAAGCAGCGCAUUGAGAAGAUUGUUCGAAGUAACAAUAAAGUUUUGCAGCAAGCUACUGGUGUUGAGGAAAGAAAACUACUUCAAAAGUGCAACCGAGGGACCACCUGUCACCUCUUCAUAUUUUUGACUCUGACGUCUGUCACUUUGGUGGGCUUGGCUGUUGGUGCUGUUCUCGAUUCGGAGGAUAAGCAGUUGCUAUUUCGGGCGUGGUACCCUUUCGACUGGAGAAAGUCACCAGCAUACGAGAUAACUUACUUCCACCAGAUAUUCGCUAUAUAUCUUGCUGCUUGUCUGAAUGUCAGCAAAGAUAUCUUGGUCGUCAGUCUUAUAGCGCAAUGCCGGUGUAGACUGCGUUUACUUGCGCACGCGCUGAAGACUCUGUGUCAUGGUAUGAAGACUGUGUGGCGUUUUCCUAAAACACUGGACGUCCUCAUCCAACAUCGUCUGAGAGAUUGCACGAGGGAGCACCAGAGGAUUCUGACAGCUGUGAACGAGAUACAAAACUGCUUCUCUGCACCAACCUUCGCCCAGUUCUCUGUGUCCCUUGUGAUUAUAUGUGUCACAGCGUUCCAGAUGACUUCGCAAACAGGUAACUUAGUCAGAAUGCUCUCGAUGGCGACUUAUCUUCUUAACAUGAUGGAACAGGUGUUCAUUUACUGCUAUGAAGGAAGUGAACUCUUAGUUGAGAUGUUAAAAGUGUCAUAUUCCUUCUUCACUGUAUUACGUCAAGUCGAUGAAGAAAGUUAA